UUUGUUAAGUUUGUGCUUGUUUCAUGUAAUGUCUGUCAUGAAGGGGAAUGCAAAUAUGUCGAGAGUAAUAGUUGUGAUUAUGAUAAUGGUGACUACAGUUUUAGGAGAAGUUGAGGUUGAUAGAAGCAGUUUUCCUCCUGGAUUUAUCUUUGGAACUGCCUCUUCUUCCUAUCAGGUGGAAGGUGCUUAUCUGGAAGAUGGAAAGGGUCUAAACAAUUGGGAUGUUUUUACGCACACUCAUCCAGGAAAUAUUGCUGACAGAAGCAAUGGGGAUGUAGCUGAUGACCACUACCAUCGUUACAAGAAAGAUAUUGAUUUGAUGCAUUCUCUUGGAGUGGAUUCCUAUCGCUUCUCCGUAUCAUGGUCUCGUAUUCUUCCAGCUGGAAGAGGAGCUGUCAACAUGGAGGGAAUAAAGUUUUAUAAUAAUCUCAUCGACACCCUAUUGUCAAAGGGAAUUGAACCAUUCGUGACGUUAAAUCAUUAUGAUCUUCCACAGAAUUUACAAGACUCCUACGGGGGCUGGUUAAGUCCCCACAUCAUAAAGGACUUCGAAGCAUUUGCAGACAUUUGCUUUGCAGCUUUUGGAGACAGAGUGAAAUACUGGGCAACAUUCAAUGAGCCGAAUAUAUUUGUUCGAUUUGGUUAUCUUUCAGGAUUUUUUCCUCCUUCUCGGUGUUCAUGGCCUUUUGGGAAUUGUAGUGAUGGCAAUUCAGAGACAGAACCCUACCUGGCUGCUCAUAAUGUUAUAUUAUCACAUGCAGCAGCUGUUGAUGUCUAUAGAACAAAAUAUCAGAACAAGCAGGGAGGCUCCAUGGGUAUAGUGAUCUGUGCUGGGUGGUACGAACCUCUGAGGAACAUACCAGAUGACAGAGUUGCAGUUGACAGAUUGUUGGCAUUUGACACAGCUUGGUUUCUAGACCCUAUUGUGUAUGGGGAUUAUCCUCCUGAAAUGCGGCAAAUGUUAGGGCGUCGUCUGCCUACUUUUCCCAAAGAAAUGUCAGAGAAAGUGAGGGGCUCAUAUGAUUUUAUUGGCAUAAACCAUUACUCAACAUCAUAUGCCAAGGAUUGCCUCUUCUCACCUUGUUUGAAAAUACAGUAUGCUCCAGAUGCCUUAGUUUAUACAACGGGUGAGAGAGAUGGAGUUCCUAUAGGCGAGCCAACGGGCAUGGCGGGAUCUUUUGUUGUGCCAUAUGGCAUGGAAAGGAUUGUGAUGUACGUGAAAGAAAGAUACAACAAUCCUGUAAUUAUCAUCACAGAAAAUGGGUAUGGUCAGCAGAGUGAUCCAUCAGCCCCAGUGGCAGAUAUUUUAAAUGAUGGUGGAAGAAUCAAACUAAUGAAAAGCUAUCUGACCCAUUUGGCGGCUGCAAUACAGAAAGGAGCAGACGUAAGAGGUUAUUUUGCAUGGUCGAUUCUGGACAAUUUCGAGUGGUUAAAUGGCUACACUAAACGUUUUGGCCUUUACUAUGUUGAUUACGCCACCCAGAAACGAAUUCCAAAGCUUUCUGCUGACUGGUACAAGAACUUCCUCAACAAAAAUCAUGGAUCAUACAAAAUUCGAAACAACAAAGUACAGACGGAAGUCAUCUAAAAUGAACAGAUCGCCAUCUACGUGGUAGUCCCAUUGUGAAUAUAUAUACUAUUUGUAUCUACACUCAUCAAGCUCAAAUUAUUGGAGAUGAUUCAUUAUUUAUAUCAUUUAUAUGAGAAAUAAAAUAGGCAAUGCUUGAAUCUUGCCUCCUUGUAGAUAAUUCAUUGUUGAU